AUGUCCGAUAUUUCGUCAAAUGAUUGGAGAAGUCCCACCUUUCGUAACCGGGUGGUUGGACAAAUUGAUAAAGCCUUGCACCAGUCGGGCUCUAAGAUUACUAAAACAAGUGUUGAAAUGGAAAAUCAUUUAUAUCAGAAGGCAAAAUCAAGGGAUGAAUACAUGGAGUUACUGGCCAAACUGAUUAUCCAUGUUUCUGAACUGACUAAGAAAAGCAAGCCAGGUUCUGGAGAAGCUGGAAUACCCCAACAGGUCCCUUCCCAAGGAAUUCCUCCAGGACAAUCUCAGCCUCAGCCGCAGCCCCAACAACAGCCACAGGCAAUGCAGGAUCCAAUCAAUGCUUUACAGAAUCUUGCUAUGCAAGGAACAUCAUCUAUAUGUCCCCAACAACAAGAACGUAUGAAAGGAUACCCACAAAAUUUUCCACCAUAUAAACUUCUUUUAUUAAAUCCAGUCUCCCCCUCCACCCCCACCCCAACAAUCACUUUUUACUUUGCAUGUUUGCUUGCUUUUCUUUCCCUUUGCACCUUGUACAUCAGGUUAUUCCCCCCCCCCCCAUCCCCUGUUUUCACACCAGGUCAAGCAUUAUUAACUCCUCAGCUCCCACAAGCUUUCCAACAAGAGCUAUGA